AUGUCAGCCCUUUCAAAUCCACCCAGCCGGGCCAGCCCUAUCGUUUUCUACGACAUCGCCAUGCGCCCUCCAGUCGAGGAAAAUAGCUGCGCAGUAAACCCUUGGAAAACCCGACUGGCACUCAAUUUCAAAGGCGUUCCCUACACAACCUCAUGGGUGCCGUUACCCGACAUUUCCAAAGUUCGCAGCAAGCUCAAAGUACCACCGUGCCGCAAGUUUGCCGAUGGUAGCGACUUCUAUACUCUGCCCAUUAUUGAGGAUCCCGCCACCGGCUCCCUAGUUGGCGACUCUUUGGAUAUCGCGGUAUACCUACAAAAGACGUAUCCAAACUCAGGCGCGGGCGACCUGUUCCCCCCUCAAACGCUCGACUAUGUCUACAUCGCCGAUCCUCCAAUUAUCGUACCACUAUCGGAUUGUCAGAAGGGUGAAUUUUCAGAGUACGCCAAAUUCAACAUGAGUGUCGAUGGGGCCUUUACUGCACAUACACAGCUCUCGGUCCAGUGUUUUCCGUUCGAUCCAGCUACUGCCGAGAUUAGUAAGGCGGAAUUCGUUCGCCGUGCGGGUGCUUCAUCCUGGAAGGACUUUGAAUUAGUUGGCGAGGCGCGAGAGAAGGUGAAGGACUCAUUCCGGAACACGCUAGGUGAGCUAGCCAAACUAUUCCGGAAGGACCCUAGUGGACCCUUCGUCCUCGGAACAAGGGCUAGCUAUGCAGACUUGAUUGUUGGUGGAUGGCUCCGGAUGAUGCGGGCGGUUCUACCGGUGAGCGAAUGGGAAGAACUGAAGAGCUGGCAUAAUGGUAUUUUCGGACAGUUGCAUGAUGCAUUGGAGGUAUAUGCGCAAGUGAAAUAA